AAGGUUUUGAGUGGCCAAUAAUAUACCCAUUCAAUUGUCCCACAUCGUCCAGCUCUCUUUAACAAAUCUCUUCUCAACUUCUUUCCACCACUCAAAUUUCUUUUCAUUUCACACAAUUGCCCUCCACACCUCUCUGUCUCUCUCUCCUAGCUAGCUAGGCUGCAAAGACAUGAACAACUUUACAACCAAAAUUUUCACAAAAUCAGCCCUCUUUUUACUCUUCUUCCUUUCCCAAUUGAUUCUAGGAUUCCAUGCAGCCCAUAUUGACGAGUUUACUCCGACGGCUGGAAUAUUCCUGCCGGUCGGUCUAACGGAGUACCGAUCGAUAGAAGUGGAGCCUACGGCUGCAGGCAGCGGGAGCGGAGGGCGGCGGAAGCUGGCGCCAUUCCAGCUAUGUCUGCUAUGCAAAUGCUGCGCGGGCCCCAUCUGCGCCUCUAUGCCAUGCUGCUUCGGCAUCGACUGCCAUCUCCCCAACAAGCCCUUCGGAGUCUGCGCUUUCGUCCCCAAAACCUGCAACUGCACCUCCUGCGCCAGUGCUUAACCAAUUAUAUAUCAAAUCAAAAAUUAUAAUAUGAUUAAGUGUGCCUUAAUUAGUUGAAACUUAUGAUUAGGGUUACUCCGAAAUUUCGAUAUAAAAGAAGGUUUUUUUUUAUAUUAAGGACCAAUUUAUACGUGGAUUUGAUUUUCAAAUCUGGUGUGUGAGAAGAUAUUGUUUUGAUUAUGCUAAACAACAAAUGCCAACCAUGGCUUGUCAGAGAUGUGCAAAAUUUGAAAAAAAAAAAAAAAAAAAAAGGCUUGACGAACGUGACAUAGGAAAAAAAGUGUUGUACCGACCACGUGGGACAACUGGCAGUAAUGUAUACUUGCUGAAGAGAUUAUGUAUAGAUAGUUAUAAACAUUUUUGUAUCUUUGAUUGAUCUAUUGUAUUAGUGGUUCAUGAAUUAAUAAUACAGUGAAGUGACUUAA